UAGUCUACAGCAUCCAUUUUGUAAUUUCAUCGGAAUCCGAUUCCUGUAUUAGGACGAUCGACAUGAUGAAGUUAGCCAUUCUGCUCGUCAUUGGCGUUAUUACCAGACAGGCAUACGGCGACGAACCGGAAGCCAUCGUGGGUGGCAAUUUCGCCACGCCCGGUGAAUUUAAAUUUAUAGUUUCUCUUCGAGUACGUGGUCUUCAUAUAUGCGGGGGAAGUCUUAUCAGCGAUAUCCAUGUUGUUACUGCUGCUCAUUGUGUUGAAGAUCUCUAUUCCGUUGAUGACAUGACUGUUGUAACCGGAACCAUCAACUUGAGAAAAGGCGAAAAACACAAGGUCAAGUGCAUUCGUAUGCACUCUGGCUAUACUGGCGACGAAAAGGAUGGCUUGCCAAAUGACAUCGCUAUGAUAACUUUGAAGUCGCCGAUCAAAAUGAACGCGCAUCAAGCUCCGAUUCCUCUAGCGGAUAUGGAUUAUGGGAAAACUGGUGGCUAUAAGGCUAUAGUAUGCGGAUGGGGAUAUCUUAAGGAAUUGUCGAGAGAGUCUCCAGUGAGACUUAGAAAGGUCGAAAUGGAUAUUUUGAGCACGGAGCACUGCAUGAAGGAACAAACAUAUGCACCAAUCUAUAAGGAACAUAUAUGCACUCAGGCGAACGUUAAUAAAGGUUUCUGCAGUGGUGACAGCGGUGGUCCUCUUAUUGUCAACGGCCAGCUCUGUGGUAUCGUUUCUUGGACCGAGUGGUGCGGUGGGGAUUUACCUGAUGUAUACACGAAUGUUUACUAUCAUCUGGACUUCAUUAAGGAAAAGACAUACGGGGAUGAACCGGAAGCUAUCGUGGGUGGCGAUUACGCUGUGCUCGGUCAAAUUAAAUAUAUAGCUUCUCUUCAAACGAAUGGUGGUCAUAUGUGCGGGGGAAGUCUUAUUAGCGAUACCCAUGUUCUUACCGCUGCUCAUUGUGUUGAAGGUCUCCACUCCGUUAAUGACAUGACUGUUGUAACAGGAACCAUCAACUGGAUGAUAAGCGGCCAGACCCACAAGAUCAAAUGCAUUCGUAUACAUCCUAAGUACAAUGGUGAUCCAAUGGGUGCCUACAAAUAUGAUAUCGCUGUGAUCACUUUGGUGAAGCCGAUCAUAAUAAACGCGAAUCAAGCUCCAAUUCCUCUAGCGAAUAUGAAUUACGCCACUGGCAAUUAUAGGGGUACAGUAUGUGGAUGGGGAUUGAUCAAUGAAAGGUGGAAUAUACCUAUAUUCAGACUUAGAUGUGUCGAAAUGAAGAUUUUGGAAACGGCACACUGUAUGAAGGAACAUACAUAUCCACAAACCUCUAAGGGACAUAUGUGCACUAAGGCGGAAGUUGACAAAGCUUUCUGCAGUGGUGACAGCGGUGGUCCUCUUGUGGCCAACGGCCAGCUCUGUGGCAUCGUCUCUUGGUCCAAACGGUGCGGGGCAUAUAGCGAUGAACCGGAAGCUAUCGUAGGAGGUAACGUGGCCACACCCGGUCAAUUUAAAUGUCAAGUUUCUCUCCAGGUAUUUGACCAACAUAUUUGCGGGGGAUGUCUCAUCUCUGAAACCCAUGUCGUUACUGCUGCCCAUUGUCUUGAGAAACCUGAUCAUAGGAUUGGUUUGACUGUUGUAACGGGAACCAUUAACACGGGGAAAGGUGGCGACAGACACGGAGUCAAGUGCAUUCGUUUGCAUCCUGACUACACUGGUAAGAAAGAAGAGGGCUGGAUGAACGAUAUUGCUGUGCUCACUUUGAAAGCGCCGGUCAGAACAAACAUUUACCAAGGCCCGAUUAAGCUAGCGAGUAUGGAUUAUACCACUGGUAAACAUCGCGGUCUAAUAAGUGGAUGGGGAAGGACCGAUGUAACUUCAGCCCCUUCGCCGGUACUUAGGUGGGUCGAAGUGAACGUUUUGAGCUUGGAGCGCUGCUUGAACGGCCACAGAAAUCCACCGAAAACCAAUCCGAAACAAGUAUGCACCCUGGAGAAGUUUGGGAAAGGUGCCUGCCAGGGCGACAGCGGCGGUCCUCUCAUCGUCAACGACGAGCUCUGUGGUAUCGUCUCUUGGGUCACGCCCUGUGCUAUGGGUGUAUCUGAUGUAUUAACUAAUGUUUUCCAUUAUCUCAAAUUCAUCGAGGAGUGUCAAGCCAAGUACUUUGAAAAGGCGUGUGGCGACGAACCUGAAGCUAUCGUGGGUGGCAACUAUGCCUCCGAUGGUCAAUUUAAGUGUCAAGUCUCCCUUGAAGUAGACGGAUAUCAUAUUUGCGGAGGUUGUCUUAUCAGCGAGUACCAUGUCGUCACUGCUGCUCAUUGUCUCAUGGAUGAAGAAUAUAACAAAGAAAUGAUUGUCGUUACUGGGACCACCGCCCCGGCACUGAGAGGCGAGAGACACGAAAUCAGAUGCAUGCGUUUGCACCCCGAGUACGAGAAUACAAAAGAAAGCGGUUGGAAGAACGAUAUCGCUGUGCUCACACUGAAGACGCCGGUCAAAGCAAACAAGCUCCAAGGUCCGGUUCCUUUAGCGACUGAAGAUUACACCACUGGCGAAUAUCGCGGUAUAGUACCUGGAUGGGGAAAGACCGAUAUAAAUUUACCCUCCUCAGCGGUGCUUAAAUAUAUCGAUACGGAAAUUUUGAGCCAGAAGCAGUGCUUAAACAGUCACAAAAACCCACGAACCAAUCCAACACAAAUGUGUACUUCGAACAAGAUUGGGAGAGGGGCCUGCCAAGGCGACAGCGGCGGUCCUCUUCUCGUCAAGGGCCAGUUGUCUGGUGUCGUCUCUUGGGUUAUACCUUGCGCUCUGGGUAGACCUGAUGUGUUUACUAAUGUUUUGCACUACCUGGACUUCAUCAGAAGCGCCCAGAAGCCACUCACGUGCUGAUAACGCGAAUAAUUAAAUCAAUCGGCAAAGCUUCAGGUAUUUUCUAAAGUUUUAGGUUUCACACAUGAAACAUGCUAGUACUGUCAUUAUUUUCAUCUCCCCUGGAGAGAGUUAAUACAAAAGCGUAAAAUAAAGAAAAAAAGUGUCAUACAAAAUAAAUAUUGUGCAUCCUUUAA